CCCGACGACGACAGCCUCCGUUCCCCGUUCGUCUCAUUCACCACCACCAACACCACCACCACCACCGACCGACUCGCCGCAUCCUCUGUCGAGCUCCUAAUCGUCGCCUAUCCCACACAAGCGCAAUCCACCUCUGCGCCGGCCGCCCACUUCUACACGGCAGCCCACGCCACCCGCAACCAUGGCGAACCCGCUCGACACCGAUGCCGGCUCCGAGCUCUUCAGCAGCUACGAGGCCGAAUUCAAGCUUGUUCAGGCCGACCUGACCCAGAAGCUCGACCAGAUCCCAGAGCUCAACGGCGAGCCCCGCAAGGCUGCCAUCAGCCAGGCCGAGCGCGCCCUCGAGGAGGCCGACGAACUGCUCGGCCAAAUGCGCCUCGAGAAGCAAAAUAUCCCUUCCUCCUCGCGCGGCAAGGUGAACCAGCGCUUCCGCAACUUCGAGACCGACGUCGACCAGUACAAGACCAAGCUGCGCAACCUCGCCGACGACCGCGCCGCGCUCUUCGGCGGCCGGUACACGGACAACCCGUCCGGCGGCAACGAUGCGCACUACGAGCAGCGGCAGCAGCUGCUGGCCGGCUCGGACCGCCUGGACCGCAGCACUCAGCGCCUGCGCGAGUCGCAGCGCCUCGCCAACGAGACGGAGAGCAUCGGCGCCAACACGCUCGCCGACCUGCACCAGCAGCGCGAGCGCAUCAUGCACACGAGCGACAUGCUCAACGAGAGCGAGGGCUAUGUCGACCGCAGUGUCAAGACGUUGCGCGGGAUGGCGCGAUGGCUACGAAUCGGAUAAUCACCAUUGCCAUCAUCACCAUUCUCGUCCUUCUCAUCCUCGCAGUCAUUUACAGCAAGUUCAAAUGAAGCACUCAUAUCAAUCCCCGUGCCUAAUUUGGGCCAGGACAUGUUUUCCCCAUCAUCAUCAUCAUCGAAUUUCCAAGGAAGGCGUUAAGCGGCGUAGUCAAGUUUCUUUUUCGUGGCGGAAGAUUUUUGUUGCACACAGUCCCUUUCGUUGCGGUCGUUUGUCAUGUUAGUCCCCGAAAUCAGCCCAGAUGGAGUAAAUAUACAGACUUUCACAAGUAGACAGACACGAAGCUCAUGUGAUGAAGCACCACGAGCUCAAGCACAGACAGACACACACAAGUAUCAAGGCUAUAAGUCACCGGUGCGCCCUCCCUGCGCUGUUACGAAUGAUGAUGGCGUGCAUAAUCAUAACCG